CUGCCGAGGUGCUUCCAGCUCUCUGCAGUCGGGCAGGAGCUGGCGUUCCCAAGGCCAGCUUGCUGCCGCUGAGGAGACAGCACUCAUAGACCCUCUUUGAUUAGGAUGUGUCGGUGUUGUCAGGGCAACUGUUAACAGCAGCGUAUCAUAUUUUCUCCUCUCGUGUGGCGUGCUGAAUAUUUUAGUCUGCUGUAGCUGGAAGAGGCUUGCAGGAGGAAGGUGCUGCAGCAAAGAACCCAGAGCUGUGGGCUGGGAUCUGAUUUAACAGGUUAAGACAGUGACAAGCAGCAUCCAAACUAAAGUGCCUUUAAUUAGGGCUUUUCUUGAAGGUGGGGAAAGAUUUGCAAGCCUUUUGCUGCCGACUGGAUGUUGGUAUUUAUCAUCUGUUUGCGUACUGCUUAUCCAUAGGGGAUCUAGUACAAGUGCUCAAAUGAGCAGGCAGUGUUGCAGCUAGCGGCUGAGUAAGGGCUGGAGUUUCUUACUUUUUUUUUCUUAAUAAGCAAGAGGCAACAGCAACAUGUCUGGUUCAGCUACUGCCCUGCGACAAGAGAGACUGAAGAAAAGUGCCAGGACAAAUCCCCUGGGUUUAUUCACCAUUAACGAAGAGGAUGAGCAGCAAAAGAAUGAGAAUUCCAAAAGACUGAAAGCAGCUGAAGGUUCCAAGAUACAAGACAAGAAAGGCACUUCAGGACAAAGCAACGCCGGAGCUAAAUCAGAUCAUCCAACAAUACUAAAGGUUGAUGACAGGCAGCGGCUUGCUAGAGAACGGAGAGAAGAACGAGAAAAACAGCUAGCUGCAAGAGAAUCGGUCUGGUUAGAAAGAGAAGAGAGAGCCCGGCAACAUUAUGAAAAACACUUAGAGGAACGCAGAAAGAAGCUAGAAGAGCAAAGAUUAAAGGAAGAGAGAAGGCGAGCUGCUGUAGAGGAAAAGCGAAGGCAGAGAUUAGAAGAAGAUAAGGAACGACAUGAAGCUGUUGUACGUCGCACAAUUGAAAGAAGCCAGAAGCCAAAACAAAAGCAAAACAGGUGGUCCUGGGGAGGAGCACUACAUAACCGCAUUAAUAACACAGAUCCAAACAGGCGGUCUCUUUCAACAAUGAACCUUUCGAAACAUGUUGAUCCAGUCAUUAACAAGCGGCUCUCCUCCUCAUCUGCAACAUUACUAAAUUCUCCAGACAGAGCUCGCCGCCUACAGCUCAGUCCAUGGGAGAGCAGCAUUGUUAACAGACUCCUGACGCCCACUCACUCAUUUCUGGCCCGAAGUAAAAGCACCGCUGCACUGUCUGGAGAUGCAGUUAUCCCCAUUUGUCCUCGUUCAGCAUCUUGCAGCCCCAUCAGUCCUCUGUCCUACAAGGCCAUGAACUGCAGGAAUCCAGGAGACAGAACAAAACUUUAUGCCUCUACUGAUGCUGUUGGACGUAGGAGAACAACGCAUCUUGCAGGGACUGACAAAAAAGAAAAAGAGAGAGACCAUUUGUCAUCCAGCUUCUCAGCCAGCUUUAAAGGAGGUCAUUUUUCUUCCAACCCCAAAGCUAGAUCACCAGCUCCCUCUCCAGUUUGGCAUGCAUCAAAGUCUUUGCCUUUUUUGCCUGGCACACCCAAGCAGAUAAAUUCCCCACCUGGUUCCUCCAGAGUUUCCUCUGCUCAGGCACGUCCUCCUUCUCCUGGCAACAUCCGGCCAGUCAAAAAAGAGGUCAAGCCAGAGAGUGAGAAAAAAAGAUCAGAAAAGGAGGCUGAAAAGGCCAAUGAGGAGAGGACAGAAGACAGUAAAGGAGCUUCUGCAGGUACUGGAGAAGCUGCAAGUCGAGAAGAACUUGCUGUCCAGGCAGAGCUCCCUCAAGCAGCCAGCUCAUCACUUCCUCCUGCUCCGCCAGCUCUUUCUCCACCUGCAGCCCUGACAAAGACCUCUGCAGGUACAACUGACCCUGAAGAAGCAACAAGGCUGCUGACUGAGAAGAGGCGCCUUGCCCGUGAGCAGCGGGAACGGGAGGAGCAAGAGAGGAGAGAGAGAGAAGAGCUUGAAAGGCAAAAGAAGGAGGAGCUGUCACAGAGGAUAGCAGAAGAGAGAGCUCGCCGAGAAGAGGAAGAGGCUCGCAGACAGGAAGCAGAAAAGAAACGGAGGGAUGCAGAGGAGGAACGGCAAAAGGAAGAACGGCUGCGCAGACAGGCAGAGGAGAGAGAACAAAAGGAGAAAGAGGAGAUGGAGCGCAUUCAGAAACAAAAAGAAGAAGAAGCUCGCCUACGGGAAGAGGCAGAGCGUAUUCGAUUAGAACGUGAAAAGCAUUUCCAAAGAGAAGAGCAGGAGCGCUUGGAAAGGAAGAAGAGGCUUGAGGAGAUCAUGAAGAGAACUAGGCGUGUAGAAGCAGGAGAUAAGAAAACCAGUGACCACCAAAAUGGACAUAUAUCAAAGGCAAAUAUUACUGGAGAAACAGUCAUAACAAGUCCUGCAUCUCCCUCAGAACCUGCAGGAGGUCCUCAGCUUCAGCAUGGAAUGACGUCUCCCCACAACGGGAAACCAGUCACCUGCACACAUGUGAUCGUCUCACAUCAACCCUCCAUAAAUAUGGACAGCAAUCUCAAUCCAGAGAAAAAUGCAAAUGAAAAUGGAAUGUCUAUGCAGAAUGAUAACUUUGAAGAGAUCAUAAACCUGCCUAUUGGUUCUAAGCCGUCGCGGCUGGAUGCCAUGAACAAUGAUGGAAGCAAUAGUCCUCAAAUUCCUUUGAAUCCAAUUCUAGCCUUUGAAGAUCAGGGGACUCUUUUGCCUCAGGUAGAUAGUGUUCAAACACAUCAAACAGCAGAAGUGAUCUGAUUGUUUCUUCUGAAGAACCAAAGGUGAUAGGAGCAUCUCUGCAGUCAGUGGAGUUUCUUCUAAACUAUGAAGGAGCGUUUUAUUUUUUCUCUCCAGUUUUUUAAGGAUUUCUUGAAUAUCUUUUUUGGAAGGACUUUAGUAAAACCAGCAGAAUAAAUGAUGGGAAUAGACUUGGAUCACCUUUUUAAUAGCUUUCACCACUAGAAAAAAUCAUGCUUCACAUGCAUUACUUAAUACGGCUUUUUCCAGCAAGCUUUUUCUGUUAGUAUAUGGAUAUUUCUACAUUCCUUAAGACACAGGACACUGGAAUCUGAAAGCAAUGGGCUGAUUUGGGUGGUGGGUCUGAUUCUUUUUUUAAAAAGGUGGUGUUGGUUUAAAGGCAUAAUUGUAAAAUUGGCAAAGAAUCUUUCACACUUCGUGGUUCUAAUACUUGAAAAAUAAAUACCUCAUUGCUCUACAAGUAGAGUUAAUGGGGUGUUCUAUUAUAAACCUGUUGGUUUAAAUAUUAUUGCAGAGAACUCUAAUUAUGGGGGCAAACUAUAGGCUUCUGUAUCUGAUUCUUGUAAAUGUAAUUCCUACAGGGACAUUCUGUAAAUUGAGAUGUCACUAUGAUCUUGCAUUUUCUCUAAAAACACAAAACAAGGCAGGUUUUAAAAUGUGAAAAUAUGAAAGCAUUAUUUUUUCAUGGACAAGAGGAAAACCUAUUGUUCUCCUAGAUGAUGUAUUUAUGAAUUUUGUUCAGUAAAGAAAUAAAUCAUUUAACUGAAUAAAUUAGAAAAAUGUGGCAAAAUGA